UCCCUCCGCAGCGCGGCUCCCCCUCACUGCGGGCCGGGGGGUGUCCUGAGGCGGGGCGUCCCCUUCUUCCCGGCUCAGGCCUGGCCGGGGAGCAGCCCUUUCUGGAGGACGGGUGCUGGCGGCAGGAGGGAGCUGGGCCUCUUCCCCCUCACCCUUACAGGCGGGUCGUUGGGGGUUUCCCCAGCUCCGGGGCGAGCAGGGUUGAAAGGCGGUGGGAUUUACCUGAAGAUAAAAGAGCGGGGAGCUGGGCUGGGCUUUCCCGCGGCGAAGAGAUCGGGUCUCUUCCCUGGUCUGUGGGGCUGAGGGGGGGUUAAAGCGGCGUAGGUGUGAGGGGCUGCUGGAAAAUGAGGAAAUGGUGCUCGCCCUCCUCAGGUAAAUGCUGGGGAAGAAAAAAAGGCAGACUGCGGAAAGAAGAAAAUGAAGGAAGGAGCCGGCGAUGCAGGGCGGACGGAGUUGAAUCCCUGGCCUGCAUUUAUCAAUGAGCGUUUAGAGAUGUACAAUAAACUUAAAGCUGAGCAUGAUGCACUCCUUGCAGAAAGAGCUGCAAAUGACAGUAAACCUAUUAAAGUUACAUUACCUGAUGGCAAGCAGGUUGAUGCUGAAUCUUGGAAGACUACUCCCUAUCAAAUCGCUUGUGGAAUUAGCCAGGGCUUAGCUGACAACACUGUUAUUGCUAAAGUGAACAAGACAGUUUGGGAUCUAGACCGUCCUUUGGAGGAGGAUUGUACCUUGGAGCUGCUUAAGUUUGAAGAUGAAGACGCUCAAGCAGUAUACUGGCACUCAAGUGCUCACAUAAUGGGUGAAGCUAUGGAGCGAAUCUAUGGUGGCUGUUUGUGCUAUGGCCCACCAAUAGAUAAUGGAUUUUAUUAUGACAUGUUCCUGGAGGAAGGGGGUGUAUCAAGUAAUGACUUCUCUGCUUUGGAAACAUUAUGCAAGAAGAUAAUGAAAGAAAAACAAGCCUUUGAAAGACUGGAAGUUAAGAAGGAAACAUUGCUUGAAAUGUUUAAGUAUAAUAAAUUCAAGUGUCGUAUCCUGAAUGAGAAGGUCAAUACUCCAACCACAACAGUAUACAGGUGUGGUCCCUUGAUAGAUUUAUGCAGAGGGCCUCACGUCAGACACACUGGCAAGAUAAAGACCAUAAAAAUUCAUAAGAAUUCUUCUACCUAUUGGGAAGGCAAGGCUGACAUGGAAUCCCUCCAGCGGAUCUAUGGCAUUUCAUUUCCAGAUGGAAAAAUGCUGAAGGAAUGGGAGAAAUUCCAGGAGGAGGCAAAAAGCAGAGAUCACAGAAAAAUAGGGCGGGAUCAAGAACUGUUUUUCUUUCAUGAGCUCAGCCCUGGUAGCUGUUUUUUCUUGCCAAAAGGAGCUUACAUUUAUAACACAUUAAUUGAGUUUAUCCGGAGUGAGUAUCGAAAACGUGGAUUCCAGGAGGUUGUCACUCCAAAUGUUUUCAAUAGCAAACUGUGGAUGACUUCAGGGCACUGGCAGCAUUACAGUGACAACAUGUUUUCCUUUGAAGUGGAGAAAGAAAUCUUCGCUCUGAAACCUAUGAACUGUCCAGGACACUGCCUUAUGUUUGAUCAUCGUCCAAGAUCAUGGCGUGAGCUGCCAUUAAGGUUGGCUGAUUUUGGUGUUCUGCAUCGCAAUGAACUGUCAGGAGCUCUUACAGGACUCACUCGAGUACGCCGGUUCCAGCAGGAUGAUGCUCACAUAUUCUGCGCUAUGGAGCAGAUCGAAGAGGAAAUAAAGAGUUGUCUGCAGUUCUUGCGUACUGUGUACGAUGUCUUUGGAUUUUCCUUUAAACUGAAUCUCUCUACUCGUCCUGAAAAGUACCUGGGAGAUAUUGAAGUGUGGAAUCAAGCUGAAAAGCAACUUGAAAACAGCCUCAAUGACUUUGGUGAGAAGUGGGAGUUAAACCCUGGUGAUGGCGCUUUCUAUGGACCUAAGAUUGACAUUCAGAUCAAAGAUGCUAUUGGCCGCUACCAUCAAUGUGCUACUAUCCAGCUGGACUUCCAGCUGCCAGUCAGAUUUAACCUCACCUUUGUCAGCCAUGAUGGCAAUGACAAGACCAGACCAGUUAUCAUUCACCGGGCUAUCUUGGGAUCUGUGGAGAGAAUGAUUGCCAUUCUAACUGAAAACUAUGGCGGCAAAUGGCCGCUCUGGCUGUCCCCACAGCAGGUAAUGGUGGUACCAGUGGGACCAACAUGUGAUGAGUAUGCUCAAAAGGUGAGGCAGCACUUCCACGAUGCUGGAUUAAUGGCAGAUGUUGAUGUAGAUCCUGGGUGCACACUGAACAAGAAGAUCAGAAAUGCUCAGCUUGCACAGUAUAACUUUAUUCUGGUCGUUGGUGAAAAGGAGAAGGCAAGUGGAACAGUUAACAUCCGCACUCGAGAUAACAAGGUGCAUGGUGAGCGUACAAUUGCAGACACUGUGGAGAGACUGCUGGAACUGAAAUGCUCUCGCUCCAGACAGGCAGAGGAAGAAUUUUAACACCAUCUGCUCUACCUGGCAUAAAGAAAAGAUUCUAGUUUUCCUAAUUCAGUUAAUCACAGAGUUUUUUGCUGAACCAGAUUUGGAAUAUAUUUCACAUUGGACCUCUUGCUCAAUUUAGCAGAGAUUUUUCUUUAGUCAGAAACGUCUCUUUUUGUAAAAAUCAGUUUUUCACAAACCUUAAAGUAAAAUUUCCUGGCCUCUGACCACUGACAGAUGGAGCAAGAUGAAAUGAUUUCUGUAACUGCAAGGGAAAAUGGAAAUUUUAAUCAGGGAUACCCAUAACAUUCUAACUAGCUUGUUAAGAAUAAAAUAGAUUUUGAUAACAAGUGUUUGUCAUGAAAGCUAAACAAAAUACCUCAGGCUUAAGAAACUCAGGCAGCAGCUUUUGGAGAGUCUCCUUUAGGACAGAAGGAGAUACCUUGUGGUCUUGUCUGCUUGACUCUGCACCGUUCCCAGUCACCCUAAGGGGGAGGCGAGCAGAGGUCUCCCACUACCAACAUCCCUGGCCUGGGGCCAGCUGCCACAGAGCACGGAGCUGCUAACCAAAGACAGCUGUACCUUUUCCAGAGGCAGUGUCUGAACUGUGCUGGCUCUAUGGGUGAGGUCGCUGGAGUUGCAGGUGGGGGAUAAGACUGUCUGGAAGAGGUAGGAUGUAGCAGAGCCAGAGAAGCACAUGAGAAAACCAAGAUUCCUGGAAACAAGGAGUCUUUCUUUUCUUACCCCUGAGCUGUCCUUUCAGUAAGCCUGUGUAUGUCACUGUAGAAACAAGAAUGUACCAAACUAAAAGGAUAAUGAUUUUUUUUUUUU